UAAAUAAAAAGAGAGUGAGAGAGAAGGAGAAGACAAAAGAAGAGAAGAGAAAAGAAGGCAUUUUGCAGCUUUCGGCGCUGUUUCGUACUCUCUCUUCUCUUCUUCCCUUUCCCUCCUUCCAAAUUUUAGCUGCCCCCCUAUUCUUAAACACCACACAACUCUCAACAAUACAUAACAAUAUUAUUAUUACCAAUACUCAACUAAAUAUUAUAUCCGUUUUGUUUACACAUACAUAUUUGUAUUUGUAUUAAAAUACUUACUUGUUAAAGAAAGAAAGAACAAAAGGAAAUUGCUUUGCUUUCCUUUUAGUUUCUUCACUCUCACUGAAUCCACCAAAUCUAGCGCCAUUUCUCCACAGCUCAGAUUUUUGAUUGGGUCAACUUGGACAGAUAAUGAGUGAAUACAUAUCAUUAGGGAAUUGAAGAAGACUAGAAGACUCAUUUGACUUCUGGCCAAGCUUGAUUGGUGCAUCUUCUAUGCUGUCUAUUGUAGUUGAAACUAUGGGCUUACUCUGCAGCAGAAACCGUCAUUACAAUGGAGCAGAUACUGAAGAGAAUGCACAUGAUGCAGAAAUCGGAAGGAGAAUUGAGCAAGAAGCAAAAGCUGAAAAGCAUAUCCAGAAACUUCUAUUACUUGGUGCUGGAGAGUCUGGGAAGUCCACAAUUUUUAAGCAGAUAAAGCUUUUAUUUCAAACUGGCUUUGAUGAGGCAGAGCUAAGGAGCUACAUUUCAGUCAUCCAUGCCAAUGUGUAUCAGACUAUAAAAAUAUUGCAUGAUGGAUCAAAGGAGUUGGCUCAGAGUGACACAGAUUCCUCGAAGUACGUUUUAUCAAGUGAAAAUAAGGAUAUUGGAGAGAAACUAUCAGAAAUCGGUGGUAGAUUGGAUUAUCCAUGUCUCAAUAAAGAGCUUGCACAGGACAUUGAGACUCUAUGGAAAGAUGCUGCAAUUCAGUUGGGGAUAGGGAGAUUUCAACCCUGGAUGCCUCCAUGGGAAACAUCAGGAAGUGAAACAUAUACUCGUGGUAAUGAACUCCAAGUUCCAGAUUGUGCUAAUUAUUUCAUGGAAAAUUUACAAAGAUUGGCUGAUCCGAAUUAUGUUCCAACAAAGGAAGAUGUUCUCUAUGCAAGAGUUCGUACAACUGGAGUUGUAGAGAUCCAGUUCAGCCCUGUUGGAGAAAAUAAGAAAAGCGGAGAAGUAUAUAGACUCUUCGAUGUUGGAGGACAGAGAAAUGAAAGGAGGAAAUGGAUCCAUCUCUUUGAAGGUGUCACAGCUGUUAUCUUUUGUGUUGCCAUUAGCGAGUAUGACCAAACACUCUUUGAGGAUGAAAACAAGAACAGAAUGAUGGAGACUAAGGAACUCUUUGACUGGGUUCUGAAGCAACCUUGCUUCGAGAAAACAUCCUUCAUGCUGUUUCUUAACAAGUUUGAUAUCUUUGAGAAGAAGGUUCUAAAAGUGCCACUAAAUGUAUGUGAAUGGUUCAAGGAUUACCAGCCAGUUUCAACGGGAAAACAAGAGAUUGAGCAUGCAUAUGAGUUUGUGAAGAAAAAAUUUGAGGAGUUGUAUUUUCAGAGUACUGCAACUGAUCGUGUAGACCGGGGCUUUAAGAUCUAUAGAACCACUGCCCUUGAUCAGAAGCUUGUGAAGAAGACUUUCAAGCUUGUAGAUGAGACUCUGAGACGGAGGAAUCUCCUUGAGGCUGGCUUAUUGUGACUGCAGACGAAGUUUUUAGGGAAAAUAUGUUUGUUGAUGAAGAACAUCAGAUUUUGAGCUUUAAAGUCCAGUGUAGUAUAUAUCAACUUGAUUUGUUGAUAUUACCAUUUAUUUCCAAUUAAAUUCUCUUCAAUUUAUGGACACCAAAAAGGUUUAAAAU